CUCUUAAGACUUAAGCCUCUUCCGCCCGACUACGUCACCAACUCUCCUUCCCUUCCAAUUCCAAUUGUGCUGGUACUGCAAAAAAAAAUAUCAUCCCCGACUCCCAAAACGGUGCGAACCCGAUCCUCUCCAGCGUCCGGCCGCUCAGUGUUGGAGUCUGGUCUUUCUUUUCUAUCUCGACUUCCCUCCUGCUGCUGUCAUCGCCACACAACUCUCGCUCGUCCGUCGUUGACGCACCGUCGUCAGUCUCUGAUCACGCCCAACCCCGACGAUGUCCGCUGCCGUCGCCCAUAGGGCUUCACCGCAUCUCUCCCAUCCUGCGUCAAGUACAUCCACCCCAAUGGACUCGAAAAAGAACACGUUCAAGUCAGAAGAGGAUGCGAAGGAAUCUUCAUCUCUUCUGACUGACAACAAUACGCCUGCUACGGAUACCAAGUCGACAGAUAAUAAAGAUUCCAAAACGGAUGACUCGUCGCUGGCACCGCCUCCACGGCCAGCGGUGACCACUGCGACAGACACCCCCGACUACUUCAACUCGGUGCACAACCCAUUCGCCCUGGAGCCCAAUCCCUUCGAACAGUCCUUCAGUAGUACCAGCGCGGAGACUCCUGGGAAAUCGCUGCUGCCGCCUGUCGCAGCGCUCACGUCGCCGGCCUUGCCUGGAGCGAGUUCCGCAAGUGGUUACAAUUGGACCAAUUCUCUCCGCUCCGGGCCGCUGAGCCCAGCGAUGCUGGCGGGCCCAACGAGCGGAACAGACUACUUUGACAGCAUCGCGCGCGGUUUCCCCACGCCUAACGAGUCCUCGCUGCGAACUGGACUGACCCCCGGUGGUGGGGGAUCGAUGUUCCCUGCCCCGAGCCCCAACUCACAGGCGAUUCUACAACAACUGCAGAGCGGUGGUGCGACUCCGUCGACUCUCGAGUUCCACCGCACGGCUUUGAACGCGGCUAAAAAGAGCGGCCUCAAUGCGCCCACCUCGAACCCGACGACGGAGCCUACUCCUCUCAACCAGAUGACCACGAUGGAUACGAAGACUACUCAGCCGGCGGUUGUGGACCCCUUCACCCACCAUGAUGCAGCCGAUGCUGCUAACGGUCUCUUCAUGCUUGCCAAAGGAGGCCAGGCCGGCAACCAAUUCUCCGUUUCCAACCAAUCGUCCAUUCCCCCGCAGACCAUUCAGAAUGCUGGCCCCGAAGAAUCUUCGGGCGUUGCGAUCAAGCGUGACUCUCAUGUCAAUGGUUCCAUUAGCAGCGGCCGUGAAAUGAGUGCCUCGAUCUCCGAUAGCCAGGGUGAACAGGCUAAGCCGGCAGCCAAGGGCAAAGGAAAGAAGAACACGUCAACAAAGGCCACGAAUUCCUCGACUAGACGGAAGGCUGAAGACUCGCCCGCUAAUAAGGGCUCUAAUAAGAGACAGAAGGGUAACAGCGGUUCCGCCAAUGGCGGAUCUCAUGAGCCCGAGUCUGAUGAAGAAGACCGAUCUCAGCAGACUGAUAACAAGAAGAUGACUGAUGAGGAGAAGCGGAGGAACUUCUUGGAGAGGAAUCGUGUUGCCGCCCUCAAGUGUCGUCAGCGCAAGAAGCAGUGGCUCGCAAACCUCCAGGCCAAGGUGGAAGCCUUUACGUCAGAGAACGAUGUGCUCACAGCGACAGUCACUCAGCUGCGAGAAGAGAUUGUCAACCUCAAGACCCUGCUCUUGGCUCACAAAGAUUGCCCCGUCUCUCAGGCUCAGGGACUCGGUCCCCUAUUGAUGAACGGCAUGUCCGCUGGAUUCGACCCACAUCCGUACAACAUCGCCGGCAGCAUGGCAAUGCCGCCGGGGGCCCAGAUUCCUCAGGGCAUUCGCAGAUAGCCAUCAACUUCUCCCCAUAUGAUGAACGGUCAACGCGUAACGAACGUCAAAAGUACUUAAUUUUGACAACUAAAUUUUGCUUCACAGGGGCGAGGCG